GCGGAUGCGGUGUUGCGAUGUCACACUCCAGGAGCUGCUCGAGAAUUCGAACACAGGAGUCACAAGCAUAAAUGCAUUUGUGAACUUUCCAUCAAGACAAUAAAAAGUGAAAUAAACUAUAUAUGAAAAGGCUAAUAUCAGAGUGAGGACUCAGUUCCUCAAAAUUUCUUAUACAAAGAAAUAGCAGAUAUUGACGUUUAUUACUAAAUACUGGGCAACAGGAUGCCAGCCAAGACUCCUAUAUACUUAAAGACGACUACACCAAAGCGCGGAAAGAAGCUGAAAAUACGAGACAUGCUAUCAGGUGAAAUGAUAAGCCCACCUUUAGGCGACCUGCGCCACAGUGCCCACGUCGGGCCUGAAGGAGAGGGUGACAUGUUUGGUGAUGUGGGAUUUUUGCAAGGUAAGCUUGAUAUGCUUCCUGCCCUCAGCCAGUCUCCUAACUCUCAUUCACACAACAUAGAAAGGAGGUUGGAUGAGAUCUUUGACGUGAACAGCAAAAGUCACGCUUAUCAUCGCAGUAGUAAUUCCCUCCACAAUUCUCUUCUCAAAACCACCAUCUCUAUGCCAGUGUUCAUUGACCCCGAGCAACCUCCUCCUAAACCACCACGUCUGCAUUUAGAUGAGCACUCAUCACCUGUUCACCCAAAUCAUCAUCAUCACUACACUCCACAAGAGCAUCAGCAGCACCGUUCCAUGUCUGUGUGUGAGGAAGGGGUUGUACACUCUAGGAAUCCCUGCCAUGAGUUUACUCUGUCUGCUUCAAUCCCAGUCCUUCCACACUUGGUGCCUUCCUCGGGCUCUUUGUCUGAGGCAUCCUCAGAUGAUUCCAUCUCGGAGGGCUGUGGUCCACCGGACCCAAAGCGAGGCUUGAGUUUGGACUCGGAUGCUGGGCUCAGUAAUGAGGACCUGCGGAGCGAAAACUGCGAGUCUUCUGCCGUCUCACCUUCCAUGUCACGUUCUGAAUCCCUAAUGGGUUUGGACCUGGAUCUGGGACCAUCAAUUUUGGAGGAUGUUCUUAGGAUCAUGGACCGUUAUAAGAGUGUGGAGGAGAGACAUGAGAUAUGAGCUGAUCAUCUUUUUAUGGCUGUUUCAGAGGACAAUGUAGAAAUUGGGAUGACUGCUUGACUGUGGCACAUUUCCAGCCAUAAAUAAUUAUAGCAAAUUGUCUCUCUUCGGCAAUUUUUGUUACAUUUUGCAACUCUAUGACAAUGAUGCUGUUUUUAUGCGGUCAUAGUACAAACAAGAUCCUACAUGACAGGAAGAGUUUUAAUAUGUCUUGCUACUAUAAUGCAUUCUGACCUAACUGGAAACGAAAUAUUCGAACACUAACAACAGGUUAAUUUUGUGUGUUUGCUCUGUACUUGUAAACUGUCAUAUACAGGGAAAGGAAUAUUGGCUACAUAGUUGCAAGUUUUGCACAAAGUUUGAAAUGCAUAAAUUGUAAUAGAUUUAGGAGCGAGUUUGUUAAAAUAUGGCCAAUUAUUGUUACAGUUUCAUAUGAGUUCACAUUUUAUGCUGAAAUGUAAAACACAUUAAUCUGUAUACCCCCUGAUCUGUGAAAAUCUCUUUUGCUGCCUUCUUGAGUACAAAACAAUCUGCGUAAAAGUGUAUUUUUAUUGAUAUUAUAUUACAGUAUAUGUUACUGUAUUGCAAUAUAUGAAAUAAACAUCCAUGUAAAUAAAAUCUUAAACAAAUUCA